GCAACGUCAACAUGUACAAGUUUAUGUUGUAUUACAGAAAGGGUUUAUCUUAAAGCUGAAAUAGCUAGAUUAACGACAAAACUAAAACACACACAAAACACUUAUACUUGUAAGUUAAGACUUUUGUCUUCAUAGCGUAAGACAGAUUGAUUAACUUUGAUUUACCUUCAUAGCGCCCCCACCAACGAGCAUUGUACCAUUUUUAAAUGAAAUAAUACAAAAGAUGGAAGCACAUAAAAAUUUAAUGGCAUCAAAUAUAACGGCAAAAGUAGGCAGUGAUGCACCAAAGAAGCAUCUUAUAACUCUUUCCGUUUUAUGUUAAAUUUUUAUCUAUAUGUAGUUAUAUCCAAAGAUACCUUUUAAGAGCGGACGAAUUAGCGAGAUGUAGUGGCGGUAGUUGGGGUGAAACAACAAGAAAUUUGUUGACUGCGUGUUUUGCCACCAUAAAUUUGCCAGAAAAUAGCUAUGAAAAGUUAUAUAAACAAGAGCCGGAUGUAUUGGACGCAAUGUUUAGUGAUGUUCUACUGUUGUAAAAGAAAAUCUUUUGAUUAUGUUUAUAUUUUAUGUUUUAGAAUACGUUAAAGAUAAUCAUGGUUUACCAGGUUUGGUACGUUCAACAUUUAAUGCACAAAUAUCAACAAAAUGUCGUAAUAUGAAACAAGGCGUUAAAAGAAAACAAGAAACAUUAGGAAAUGAAAGAACGAAUAACAAUAAACCAUUAGAAGACAAAUAA